AUGGCGUCUUUCCUUGGGUCUGAUUCAGACAUGACUGAAAUUUAUACAGCUGGCUCAUCGAAUACUGAUUCUUCUUCCGAUGAUAACUCCGAAUCGUCUAGUGAACAAGAGCACCAAAACCAAGAAUCACAUAGUGACGAAGAAGGUGACGACGAAGAAGAAAGUGAAGACGAAGAAGAGAUGCAAGAUAUGGAAGAAUCUGACGUAGAGCGAACUUGGAGAAGUGGUCAAUUCAAACCCAAACUAUUUAAAUUUAACUCAAACGAUUCUGGAAUCAGUUCUAUCUUGCCUAAAAUUGAUGAAAGCAAUCCAAUGAAUUAUUUUCGUUUGAUUUUUGAUAGCACUUUGAUGGAAAAAAUCGUCGAAGAAACGAAUAGAUAUAAUGUAUCUCUCAUGCAAAAGCAAAGUUCAUCUAAAAAAGGUUUACAAGGAAUUGAUACGAAUAUAUCUGAAAUGUAUACUUUUUUUGCACUUUAUAUGUUAAUGUCCCAUACCAAAAAAAGUCGAAUCAAAGAUUACUGGUCCACUGAAUCAUUGAUCUCAACACCUAUAUUUGGAAGUAUCAUGAGUAGGAAUCGAUUUCUCUCACUCUUACGAUUUCUUCACUUCAAUGACAAUGAACAACAAACAACUGAUGAUAGCUUAUACAAAAUAAGGCCGAUCAUUAAUCAUCUACGUGAUGUGUUCGGUGAAAUUUUAGUUCCUUAUCAAAACUUAUGCAUUGAUGAAAGUCUAGUCUUGUGGAAAGGUCGGCUUAGCUUCAAGCAAUACAUUCCAUCUAAAAGAAGCAGAUUCGGAAUCAAACUAUUUUUGUUAUGCGAUGUACACACUGGAAUUAUCUUGGACUUUAUAGUUUAUACAGGUGCUACUACAGAUAUCAAGAAAACUUCUCGUUUGGGCAUUUCUGGUUCAAUAGUGAUGACAUUGUUAGAACCUUACUUAGAUCAAGGCCAUAAUCUAUUCGUGGAUAACUGGUACACAAGUGUUGGUCUUUUUGAGACAUUAUUUGAAAGAUCAACGGGAGCUUGCGGAACCGUUCGAAAGAACAGAGUGAACUUGCCUGAUCUCGAAGAAAAAAUUGGAAAAGGUCAACAAAUUUAUAAGCAUACAAAUAACCUAUUAGUGUUGAAAUGGAAUGAUAAAAAAGAAGUUAUGAUGUUAUCGACCAUUCAUGAGCCUCAAAUGAAAUAUACCGAAAGACAUAAUUCAAGAAUUCAAAAACCAGUUUCAAUAUUAGAUUAUAAUUUAAAUAGUCAUGUGAUUGAUAAAGUUGAUAUGCAAAUUAGUUUCGUCGAUUGUUUGAGAAAAACUGUGAAAUGGUAUCGAAAAUUAUUUUUUCACAUGCUUGAUUUGUCGAUUUUCAAUUCAUAUUUGCUUUAUAAAGUCAACACCGGAAAAGUAAUCAAACUUUCUGAUUAUCGUUUACAACUUAUUCGUGAAAUUUUGCAAACCUACAGUGCUCCAAAACCGAAGAUAGGCCGUCCUGCAUUGACCAAUCAACCCAUCAGAUUGACUGCUAGACACUUUCCAUCUCUGGUACCUCAAACUACAGAGAGAGAAAAUCCUCAGAGAAAGUGUGUUGUAUGUGCACACACUAGUCGAAGACCUAAAAAAAGAACGGAUUCUCGCUAUAUGUGUAGGGAUUGUGACGUGGGUCUUUGUGUUGUUAGUUGUUUUGAAAAAUAUCAUACGGUACUACAUUUCUAG